AGAGGUAAAGAUAAAUUCAGCUUUUGGAAAUUUGUUAUGCAGGAAUUUUGCGAAAAGGCAACUUACAUGGUUUUGUAAUGAGGAAAUCUAUCACUGGCUCAAUGCUUCUAGACCCCUGGAGGAGGUUCUUAACUUCAUUUGUGAUGCAUACGAUGGUAAGACUGGAACUUUGUCUGUUCACUUCAAAUGAAGAAAGACAUAUCAAACCGCCAUGAAGUUUCCAAAGUGAAGGCAUACCGUCCUAAAAAGAGGCAUUUUAUAUACCAUGAAGACUGUUCUGAUAUUCUGGACUGGAUAAGGCAAACUCAAGCGUCAAGAAAUGGACUGGUUUCAAUUUGACUUGGCUUCUCUCCUUGAACAUCCGAAAGUGUAUAUCAGCAGAGAUAGGUAUGCCUUGUGAGACCAUAGAUUUGUUAUGGAUGUAUUGAGUUUUCCUUGAACCUUGUGUCUAUGCUUUCUCAAUAUUUUCCUGCAGUGAAGCCUCAGUUGUGCAUUGUUUGAGAAGUCAUCUUUGAGAACCAGAGAGAAUGUUGAUUUUGUACACAGAAACACAGGAAUUUUGAAGGUGGCGGGAAUGGAUGCAUUUCUAUGUAUUUUCUUUAUUUUGUGUAAUAAAAACUUUAUAGUCCU